UCUUCUAUUCAAUAGUAGGAAGAGGAAGACUUGUUUUGGCUCAAAAACUCUGACCAAAGACUAGAGAAAGAGCUUUCUUUUACUGACCACAAAUUGGUGACAAAACAAAAUGAGUUUGUAUUUUUCUUCCUCCUAAGUUCAUUUGACUUUCUAAACUUACUACAUUGCAUACAAGCUAGGUAACACACUAAAAUCCAUGACACAUCACACACAACACAACACAAUCACACAUUCACAAAGACAGCUUCAGGAAACUGACAGGAAAAUCCCUCUCAGAACAAGACCAACCAUGUAACAUAAUUAAUCAUCUUAGUAUAUUGUUAAUGUUAAUGCAUUAUUAUUAAAAAAUUAUAAAGCUUAAAACUUUACUAUACCAAUACUUACUAUUAUGAAUCAAAACCGCGUUUUUGUACUCUACCUUUGACAUUUGGUUUCCAAAUUUUUCAUUCAUUCUACCAAUAAAAUCAUCUCAUAACUCUUAACUUCUGAAUCAAUUCUCACCCAUUUCAUUUUCAUUCUUCAACAAAAUUUCCCUUCUCCCAAAACAUCAUUUUUGCCUUAAAGGUUCAAUUUUUUUUGUUUCAUCUUCUUUCUUAAGCUCAAAUUUUGAUAAAGUUUUACUCUUUUCCCAUUUGGGUCUCUGAAUUUCUUCAUUAAAUUAUAUAAAUUGCUUGAUUUUAGGAUUUUCAUUGGGUCCAAGAAGAAAUUUUUACCAUGGUUGUGAAGGUUUUUUCAUUUUUUAUUCUUCUUGUGUUAUGCUCUUUUGCUGUUGAAGCAAUUUCUGAUAAUCAUCAUCAUAAUCACAAUUACGAUAGUCUCAAGAAAAAUGGAUCUUCACUUGCUGCAAUAAAAUUUCCUGAACAUCCAAGUUUCAAUGUUGUUUCUUCUUCUGAGGACACUGAUUGUAGUUUCUCAAAUUCAGACAAAUUUGUAACUACUAUGAAAUCAGGUGAAGAAAGUGAGGAUUUUGUAGCUUCAAAUCCACACAAUCAAUCUGUGAAGUUUGAUUUGAAACACAUAUCAAUGAACAAUGAAAUUGAGCCAAAAAAAUCUGUGAUUGAUUACACAGUAAGAGAUUUGACAAGAAUUCAAACUCUUCACACAAGGGUCAUUGAAAAGAAGAAUCAAAACACAAUUUCAAGACUACAAAAGAAACAAACAAAUUCAAAGCAAUCCUACAAGCCAGCAGUUGCUCCGGUUGCGUCGUCGCCGGAAUAUUCGCCAAGUGGUUAUUCAAGUCAACUUGUGGCAACUUUGGAAUCAGGAGUAAGUCUUGGCUCUGGUGAGUAUUUUAUGGAUGUGUUUAUAGGUACACCACCUAAGCAUUAUUCUUUAAUACUUGAUACUGGUAGUGACCUUAAUUGGAUUCAAUGUGUUCCUUGCAUUGCUUGUUUUGAACAAAGUGGUCCUUAUUAUGAUCCUAAAGAAUCUAGUUCUUUUGAGAAUAUAACAUGUAAUGAUCCUAGGUGUAAACUAGUUUCAUCACCAGAUCCACCUAAGCCAUGUAAAGAUGAGAAUCAAACAUGUCCUUACUUUUAUUGGUAUGGUGAUAGUUCUAAUACAACAGGUGAUUUUGCAUUGGAAACUUUUACUGUUAAUCUUACAACUCCUAAUGGAAAAUCAGAACUUAAACAUGUUGAAAAUGUUAUGUUUGGUUGUGGUCAUUGGAAUAGAGGACUAUUUCACGGUGCGGCCGGUUUGUUAGGAUUAGGAAGAGGACCAUUAUCAUUUGCUUCACAACUUCAAUCUUAUUAUGGUCAUUCAUUUUCAUAUUGUCUUGUGGAUAGAAAUAGUGACUCAAGUGUUAGUAGUAAGUUGAUUUUCGGCGAAGAUAAAGAGCUUCUUAGUCAUCCUAAUUUGAAUUUCACUUCUUUUGUUGGUGGUGAAGAGAAUUCAGUUGAUACAUUUUACUAUGUUGGUAUAAAAUCUAUUAUGGUUGAUGCUGAAGUGUUGAAGAUACCAGAAGAAACUUGGCAUUUAUCAGAAGAAGGUUCUGGUGGUACAAUAAUUGAUUCUGGUACAACUUUAACUUAUUUUGCUGAACCUGCUUAUGAGAUUAUUAAAGAAGCUUUUAUGAAAAAGAUUAAGGGAUAUGAAGUUGUUGAAGGUUUUCCACCUCUUAAGCCAUGUUAUAAUGUAUCAGGAAUUGAGAAAAUGGAGCUACCUGAUUUUGGAAUUUUGUUUUCUGAUGGAGCAAUGUGGGAUUUUCCAGUAGAGAAUUACUUUAUACAGAUUGAACCUGAUGUUGUUUGUUUGGCUAUUUUGGGGACUCCUAAGUCUGCACUUUCAAUUAUUGGAAAUUAUCAGCAGCAAAAUUUUCAUAUACUUUAUGAUAUGAAGAAAUCUAGACUUGGUUAUGCACCAAUGAAAUGUGCUGAUGUUUAACAUUUUUUUAGGGUUGAAACGGAUCCGGUUCAUCUUAAUUCUAUGCAGCCGACGUAUCUGUAGUCAUCUGGUUAAGAUAAGACAAUUCAUAUUUCAAGACAGUAUUUUAGAUUUAGUAAAAAUCAUAAAAUCUACUUGAAAUCUGGACUGCCCGAUCUUAAUCAAACAAAACCAUAGAUGCGCCGCCGACUACAUGACUGUAUGCGAUUCGAUCCAAGGUGUAUACUGUAUAGUCUCAUAAUUGUAAACAAGGUGAUUAAGAGGGUAGAUUUUUGGGUUUCUUUCAUUAGAUGGAAAGUUUUAUACAUAGGAAAAAACAAAUAAGUUUAGGUUAUAUUUUUCAAGUGAUGAUAGAAUCAGGCUUGAGGUAAAUUACUGAGAGUCUGAAAUUGGGUUAUGACCAAACAUUGUUUUGUAUACAUUUUAAUUGAUUCAUUCUUGUAUUUAUUUUUUAUUCAAUUAAUCAACUUAAAUAAUUUGAUCUUUCAA